AUGUCUGCAGUUUAUUCGCCGCAACCACCGCAGCAGACGGCGCCCCCGGGCGGCGUGCUGCAACCGCCGCAGCCGCAAACGCCAACGUCGAUGCAGCAGCAACAACAACCAGGUGUAGGUCCCGGUGUAGGGGUAGUCGGAGGCGUUGGCAUGGGCGGGCCAUCCGGGGUACCAAUGGGAUCAGGGGGCCCAAUGCAGCGAGGACCUUCCAUGGUUGGAGGUGGCGGUGGACCAGUUGGACCACCCUCCUCUGUGACAAGUGGAGGCAUGAUGGGCGGUGUUGCCCCUCCGCCAUCGUCACAACGAGGUGGAAUGCCACCAUCGCCUAGUCCAGCACAAAUUCAAAAAAUACUUGAUGACAAUUGUGGUCUUAUUCAGACAAUUCAAGAUUUCCAAACUAUGGGCAAGGCGCAGGAGUGCAUGACAUAUCACAUGGCAUUACAUAGAAAUCUCGUUUAUUUGGCGCAACUUGCUGAUCCGACAAUGAACAUUGCCCAAAUAUUGCCGCAUCCACACGUACUUCAACAACAGGCCGCUCAACACCAAGGCCCACAUAGCAUGAUGGGUGGGCCUCAGCCCCCACAACAGGGUGGACCUCCAACUGGGGGAAAUCAACCACAAAUAGGAGGUAUGCCACCAAUGACACACGGCGAUGGAAACGUGCAGUCUCCAUCUGGAGCACAAAUGCCCUACGGCAAUCAACCUCCGCAAUCGCAUCCUGGUAUGCCACCUAAUUCGCAACAACCCCAGCAAGGUCCACCUCAACAAGGUAUUAACUCUCCACAAACUGGACAGCAGCAAUCUCAACAACAGGCCGGGGCAUAUCGUGGCACUUCGACACCUCAAUCUACCAAUCAGCAACCCCCACCUGUCUCAGGUGUAGGAUCAAAUCAACAACGUUCAAAUAUUCAACCUGGGCAGCAGCCUGGCCAAGGACCACAACAACAGCAACAACCUCCAACACCCCAGCAGCAACAACAAGGUCCACCACCACAGUCACAAUAUCGUGGCGGUUAUCAACAACAACAACACGGUCAUUACCCUGGAUAUCCUCCACAAAGCCAACCAUCGUACCAACCACAAAGCGGCUAUGCCUACGGACCACCCACUCAAGGUUAUGGACCGCCACCGCCAAAUGCACAGGGCGGCUAUCAUCAUGCAGGUAUGCCUCCGACAUCUUCAACAGUUGCCGGUCCCCCCGGUCAACAUGGUUAUGCCAAUGCUGGCGGUCAGCAAGGUCCACCAGGUGCCUAUCCUCCGCCUCCGCCCAAUCAACAAGUUCCACCAGGCCAGCAACCACCGCCUUCGCAAAUGUAUGGCCCACCAACUGGUGGACAAGGGCCACCACCACCGCCGAACCAAUAUGGUCCACCUCAAGGAGGAGGUAACGCCCCUCCACCAAUGGCCUAUAGUGGUUAUGGUGCUCCUCCGCCUAGUAGUUAUGGCCAAACGUCAAACGCUUUGCCUGGUGGUUAUGGACCGCCUCCACAAAGCCCUGCUCAAUCUCCAUAUCCACCACAGUCGCCAUAUCAGCAGAGUGGUGCACCAGGUGGAUAUCCAGGUCAGACGUCACAACAGCCUCAGACACCACAAGGAACGAGCGGCGGCUACAGUACUUCACCAAGUCCCGGCCAAACACCUCCAUCACCAUCAAAUCAACAAGCACAAAACGCAGGCAAUCCGAAUGGACCAAAUGCACCCCCUGUAAGUGUGCAAUCCACGUCUCCUUCGACAUCGUCUGGGAAUAUUGGUGUCAAUAGUGGUCCGCCCAAUCAACAAGCACCAUCUACUCAACAGCAACAGCAGCAACAACAACAGCAGCAAUACGCUACGCAACAACCAUCAGUUUCAGGCGGUCCGCCACAGCCACAUGGCUCUACAGCCCAACAACAACAACAACCUGUUUACUCUGCAGGAACGCCUUCGGCAGGUCCAUCGCCAUACGGAGCACCAACACAACAACAGCCGCCUGGGCCAAGUGGACCCCCUACGGGACCACCAAAUACCACAGCACCGCCAAAUGGUACGCCACCAAUGCCCAAUCAACAAUAUCAACCGCCACCAACUGCACAACCUUAUGGUGCGCCGCCACCACAAGCAUACGGGCCACCACCACCUGGCGGAGGAUACCCUGGUCACGGCUAUCAUCAACCGCAAGGCGGAUACGGUGCUAUACCUCAGGGACAAUAUCCACCCUCGCAGAGUUAUCAAGGAUAUCGACCCACCGGUGGACAAAUGCCGCCGCCAGGUGCACCACAAGGCCCGCCAACUAACGCAUAUUCAUACUACGGCAAUCAGCCACCACAGUAAUGUAUGUACAUACAUAAAGUAAAAGAAAUGUACGACUACAGAACUACGACUAACUACAGAAUUCAUUCAAUGACUACAUAAAUAAAUAACCAUGCUAAUAAUACAGCGCAAUGAGUUGGUAAGCUCAAUUGGGAUCAAACACAUUGACUUUAUAUACUCAAUGCCAAAAGCCAUUAGCGCAGAGAGAAGGAAUAUACAUAAUUGGUGCAAGUUGAAAAAAAUGGUUCGAAUAUAAAAGAACGGCUAUGGUGAAAUGAUUAGAAUAUUUGGUAAAUCGGGAGAAAUUCAAGUUCAAUUUGUCCAUGUGGAUAUAAAGGUUCCAAAACAGUUUUUAAACUUGUGGCAAAUGACUAAGCUACGAAAUUGAAAAAUGCUCAUUUCCCGAACUUAAAAGAUCGCGCCCUUUGCAGCGAAUUAAUUUUAAUUUUAUUAGUAGGAGAACUUUUUGAAUAUACCCUUUUUAUUAAGUUUCGGUACACUAGUCUUUUCACACGGUCUAAGCAGACUAAUGCCGAAUUUCCGCUGGGCAUUGAAAUGACAAAAAAUUUAUGAAACCGGUUAUAUACUUGUGUACAUAUAUGGUAUAUAUGUAGUUAUGUAAGAUUUUUCUAUCUGCCUGUGUUCAUACCGCCUAUAUCGGCGGCUGAAUUUUCUGAGGUAAAAUACUACUCCCUUCCAUUUUUCACACAUGGAAAGUCGGUUUCAGACGGUGUGAAAAGAUUAGUGUGUCGAGGCUCAUUGACUAUUUUAUAAAAAGAUUUCGAUAAGGCCUAACGGAGUUAAACCAACUGGAUUUAGAACCCGCUAAAAAUACUAAUGAAAAUAAUAUCUAUUUAUUUAUAAAUAUAUAUAUGUACAUAUCGUUACCCUAAUUUAUAAAGGCCCUCCUAACCAACACUUUUUUCGAAAAUGACUUUUUCAAGGAUUUUGUUAUGAUGUGUUGAAAAACACCUUCAAUAAAAAUUUUAAAGUGUUAGUACCCUUGCUGUUUAUGAUGCUCUUUUUAUGUUUUUGCUUCUCCUGUAAAAUAAAAAAAAAUAAAAAUGUUGGUUAGGGCUUUUGUGAAUUAUGGUAACGAAAUAUAAAUAAUGUUUUCAUUUUAAGGGCCUUGGGACUUGGCGAAAUUUUUGUCUAACUGUAAUUUUUUUAUUUUGUUAGUUACAUCAAAAUUGCGGUAAGGACUUUAUAUCCGCUAAAUUAUGAAAUGUUAAAACGAAAACUAAUGUUUAUUGUUUCGCGCGUCAAACAUAAAAAAAAAGAAAUUCCUAAUACUAUAAUAUCUUUAUUAAAAUUAAGUGUAAAGAUUUUACAACAAACGUAAGUCGAAA